AUGUCGCAGGACCGCCCGCCGAACUUCCUCUGGAGCGUGACGAAUUCCCUGGGCUCCAUCGGCCAGCGCUACCGGAGGAAGCGGAAGCUCGACGCGCCCAUGCCGCUGCCGCCGAUGACGCUGUCGCCGUCCUGGUCGCUGCCCGUGACGGCCCAGGGGUCGACCUACGACGCCGCGCGGCUCCUCGCGGCGUCCGUGGCGCAAAACCCGCCGCGGGAAUUCCUCGCGGAGAAGGACAUGGCCAUCACGCUCGUGCAGAAGCGGAUCCGGCGGAACCAGUGCCUCGCGCGGCUCUGGGACGUCGAAGGCGGCGGCCUCUUCGUCCAGUGGCAGUGCGUGAAGAUCCAGCGGCGCUGGCGCGGCACGCGGGGCCGCGCGGAGGGCCACGUGCGCUUCCACCGCCACGUCUUCCUCGCGGCCGCGCGCAUCAACGCGCUCUACAUGGGCAUGCGCGCGCGGCGCCUCGCGCGCGAGCUCCGCGUCGCCAUCGCGGAGCAGGCGGCCCUCAAGCUGCAGACGGUCUACCGCGGGCGCCUCGGCGCCAAGUUCUUCAUGAAGUGGCGCGAGAUGCGGCGCACGGAGAGCGUCAAGUUCCUCCAGCGGUGCUACCGGGGCUACCGGGGGCGGUUGGCCCACUGGCAGCGGUCGCUGCUCAUGACCCACGCCGUGUCGCGCCUCGCGGAGCUGACCGCGAAGACGCGGGAAUUCAAGGCCCUGCGGAAGCGGCACCGCCUCGACAUGCCGCCGGAGGCGCACCGCUACGAGGCCGACGGGGCGACGCUCCGGCCCUGGGCGGCCGUCGCGACGGACGUCGCGUCGGCCGUCGUCUACGAGGCCGAGCGCCUCGUCGCCGCGACGCCGCCGGACGUGCGCUACGCGGAGGGCGUGCUGCUGGGCGUGGCCGACGACAAAGACGACGCCGCGCGGAGCCCGCUGCUCCACGCGGCGCACGCGCUGCUCGUGGGCGCGCAGGAGUACGACCUCGCCGCGGACGUGCUCGCGGCCGCGCGGCGGCGGCGGCCCGGCUGCGCGGCGACGCUCUACGCGAGCGCCGUCGCCUUCCAGCUCGGCUGGUCCGUGACCACGAAGCACAAGGUCGCCGCGCCGGACCGCCUCGACCGCGCGCUCGCGCUCCUCGCGGCCGCGCGGCGCGUCGACCCGGACCGGCGGGGCUACGCGUACUGGGAGUUCGCCUACCUCGCCGGCGCGCGGCGCUGGUCGCCGCGGAGCGCGCCCGUGCGCUGCAUCGUCGGCGUCGCCAUCAGCUCCGUCCACGGCGACCUCUACCUCGAGCGGAACAACGGCAAGUACGCGUCGACGGGCCCCGAGCGGCUCCGCGAGGCCAAGGUGCUCAAGCGGUCCAAGUUCCAGUACGGCCUCGCCGUCGAGUACGACCCCGACGAGGUCUACCUCGAGGUCAAGACCUGCGUCUCCGUCAACUCGGCGCUCUUCAUGAAGCGGCGGAAGAAGUUCGUGUCGCGCGUCCGCCCCGUGCCCCUGGACGCGCCCAAGGAGCGCGAGUUCGGCUCCUACGUCGAGGCGCCGCCGGAGGUCGAGGAGCGCGGCGACGACGGCGACGACAACUCGUCCCUGGCGUCGCCAACGUCCGCGCCGACGCCGCCGCCGCCGCCGGCGGGCGACGGCGCCGCCGGCGACGAGGGCCGGCCCUGGGUCGUCAACGUCUACGAGUGCGUGCCCAAGUACGUCUGCUGGGCCGAGGAGCGCACGGACGACGGCACCCCGGGGCGGCGCACGCGCGACUACGUGCUCCACGAGUCGGACCUCGACUUCGCCGUCGCGAAGCACUUCCCCCGGUCCGAGGCGCUGAGCGCGAAGAAGAACGGCCAGCUCGCCGACGUCAUCCACGGCGAGCUCGUGCUGGCCGUCGACGACGACGCCGCGGAGCUCGACCACGACCCGGCGCGGCCGCCCAUGCGCCUCGUGCUGCCGGACGUCCGCGACGUCCGCGACAGCGAGGCCGCGAAGCGCGUCGAGCACUUCUCGGCGCAGAUCCUGCAAAGGGGCUACAAGGGCUUCGACAGCCGCAGCCUCUUCAAGCGCAUCUUCUUCCAGCUCAAGCAGCGCGACAUCCAGUCCACGCGCCUCGCGAUCCGCCGGGCGAAGGCGCACCUCCACCGGCUCCAUCUGCACCGCGCCGCGGCCUACCUCCAGUCCCAGACGCGGGGCGCCCAGCGGCGCCACCUGAUGGAGGUCCAGCAGCGCGCCGUGCUCCACCUCCAGCGGCGCACGCGGGGCAUGCGCGCGCGGAAGAAGCUCGAGGAGGAGGCGCGGCGCAAGCUCGAGGGCGCGCACGUCGAGGCCGUCUACAGCAAGGGGCGCACCGUGAGCGGGACCUACCUGAUGCUCACGGUGAAGCGCUGCGGGCUGAACUUCAAGUUCGUCGGCCAGGACAUGGAGCAGUGCCUGGCCUACUUCGGCUACGUCCACGCGCCCGCGGUGCUGAAGCUUUUAGAUAAUUGGCACGCGGCCCACCCCAAGGACCCCAUCCGCAAGUGGCAGCACAAGCGCGUGCUCCAACUGCUGCUGGACAACGUGGCCCUCGUGUCGCCCAUCACGGCGCCGACGGCGGAGCUCGCGAACCUCGACGUGCGCCGCGCGCUCGUCGUCGACCCGGACCGCGGCGCGAAGAUCGCCGGCCCGGGCCUCCAGGAGAAGGCGCUGGACCGGUUGUUGAAGGACACGAAGAAGUGCCUGCGGGACCACCGCGCGCGCGUCGCCGCGGACCGCAAGAAGCAGGCCGCGCGCGGCCUCCCGCCCACGGAGCCGUCGAGGCAGCAGCGGGAGAUCGCCAAGGGCCGCUUCAAGGCGCGCCUCGGCGCGAACCCCAUCUCCGCCAAGGUCAUGGCCGCGAAGCGCAAGGAGGAGCGCAAGGCCGCGCGCGCGCGCGAGGAGGCGAAGCAGGCCAAGGAGGAGCGCGAGCGGAAGGCCGCCGCGGGGCCGGCCGCGGGCGGCGACGACGCGGCCGUGACGAACUACCUCGACGACGAGCCCGAGCCCGACUCCGACUAA